GAAUUAUAGGUGUAUUCAAUACUUCCAAAUGCAAGGGGAAUUGAUCCAUGGUCGAUUCCGUAUAAAUAGGAAUUGCUAGUUAUACCUCGUGAAAAAACACUUUUUUGUGGAAUCAGCUAUUCCAUUUCUUUAUAGAGAUUCCGUUUAAGCAAGCAAAUAUAGUAUGGUUACAGAAGUCUAUCUAUCGCAUAUAUGCUUCAAGGGGCAUCAUGGGAUAACCAUCGAGGUGAGUAGGGACCUAAAGGAUCGAAUAGAACGAUAUAUAGACAAGUAAAUCCCUUACGAGUCCCAAAGUAUUCUUUUAAGGGGAUUCAUCAUUUGACGGGAAGUAGACUACUCAAAAAUCCUACAUUUUUAUUUUGUCAUAAGUAAUUCGGAAAAUGAAAGUAAAAAAAGAAGAAUGAAUCGUUGGUCCUUAGUGGGAACUUGAGUAAGGAGUAGUUCUUUGUUUGUAGGGUUUUUCGAACAAACUUUUUAAAUAAGAAAGAAUCCCCUUUUUGAGGUAACUACUUGAGCCGGAUGAAAGGAAACCUUCACGUCCGAUUUUAAAAGGGGGAAUCCAAUCCUACAGGAACCUAUCUCGAUUUUUCUUUUGCUAGGCCCAUAGCGAAAAAACCUACUUUCUUACGAUUACGAGGUUUAUUCGAAUAUGAAAUCCAAUCUCGGAAAUACAGCAUACCACUUUUUUUUACUACCCAAGGCUUCGAGACAUUUCGAAAUCGAGAAAUCUCUACAGGAGCAGGUGCUAUCAGAGAACAAUUAGCCGAUUCAGAUUUGCGAAUUAUUACGGGUAAUUCAUUAGUAGAAUGGAAGGAAUUAGGGGAGGAGGGGUCCACUGGAAAUGAAUGGGAAGAUAGAAAAAUUAGAAGAAGAAAGGAUUUUUUGGUUAGACGCAUGGAAUUAGCUAAACAUUUUAUUCGAACAAAUGUAGAACCAGAAUGGAUGGUUUUGUGCUUAUUACCAGUUCUUCCUCCCGAGUUGAGACCAAUCAUUCAGAUAGAUGGGGGUAAACUAAUGAGUUCGGAUAUUAAUGAACUCUAUAGACGAGUUAUCUAUCGGAAUAAUACUCUUACCGAUCUAUUAGCAACAAGUAGAUCUACGCCAGGGGAAUUAGUAAUGUGUCAGGAGAAAUUGGUACAAGAGGCCGUGGAUACACUUCUUGAUAAUGGGAUCCGUGGACAACCAAUGAGGGAUGGUCAUAAUAAAGUUUACAAGUCAUUUUCAGAUGUAAUUGAAGGCAAAGAGGGAAGAUUUCGUGAGACUCUGCUUGGUAAACGUGUCGAUUAUUCGGGACGUUCCGUCAUUGUCGUGGGUCCUUCGCUUUCAUUACAUCAGUGUGGAUUACCUCGAGAAAUAGCAAUAGAGCUUUUCCAAACAUUUGUAAUUCGUGGUCUAAUCAGACAACAUGUUGCUUCUAACAUAGGAAUUGCUAAAAGUAAAAUUCGGGAAAAAGAACCCAUUGUAUGGGAAAUACUUCAAGAAGUUAUGCGGGGGCAUCCUGUAUUAUUGAAUAGAGCACCCACCCUGCACAGAUUAGGCAUACAGGCGUUCCAACCCUUUUUAGUGGAGGGACGCGCUAUUUGUUUACAUCCAUUAGUUUGUAAGGGUUUCAAUGCAGACUUUGAUGGGGAUCAAAUGGCUGUUCAUGUACCUUUAUCUUUGGAAGCUCAAGCGGAGGCUCGUUUACUUAUGUUUUCUCAUAUGAAUCUCUUGUCUCCAGCUAUUGGGGAUCCUAUUUCCGUACCAACUCAAGAUAUGCUUAUCGGACUCUAUUUAUUAACGAUCGGGAAUCGUCGAGGUAUUUGUGCAAAUAGGUAUAAUCCAUAUAGAUAUAGUUGCGGAAACUACCAAAAUAAAAAGGUUGACAAUAAAAAAAAUGACUAUAGGUAUACGGAAAAGAAAGAACCCUAUUUUUCUAGUUCCUAUGAUGCACUUGGAGCUUAUCAACAGAAACGAAUUAGUUUAGAUAGUCCUUUGUGGCUCCGAUGGAGACUAGAUCAACGUGUCAUUGGCUCAAGAGAAGUUCCCAUCGAAGUUCAAUAUGAAUCUUUGGGUACUUAUCAUGAGAUUUAUGGGCACUAUCUAAUAGAAGGAAGUGUAACAAAGGAAAUCCGUUGUAUAUACAUUCGAACUACUCUUGGUCAUAUUUCUUUUUAUCGGGAAAUAGAAGAAGCCAUACAGGGGUUUUGUCGAGCCUACUCAUACGCUAUCUAAACUAAGAAAUCAGAUUAGGCGAUGUUCGUGCCCAUGGGAAUUCGGGUCUCCCCAAUUUCACUGGUAUCAUAAUUUCUGAAUUUCUGCGUGAAUCAAGAUUGAGAUUGAGGAAAGGAAGUUUUCGAAUCACUAACUCAGGUCCAUUGUCGAAUCCUACUUAGCAGAAUAAAUAUAAGAGGUACUGUACUUAUGGCAGAACGGGCCGAUCUGGUCUUUCACAAUAAAGUGAUAAAUGGAACUGUUAUGAAACGACUUAUUAGCAGGUUAAUAGAUCAUUUCGGAAUGGCAUAUACAUCACAUAUCUUGGAUCAAGUAAAGACUUUGGGUUUCCAACAAGCCACUGCUACAUCUAUUUCAUUAGGAAUUGAUGAUCUUUUAACAAUCCCUUCUAAGGGAUGGUUAGUCCAAGACGCUGAACAACAAAGUUUUAUUUUGGAUAAACACCAUCAUUAUGGGAAUGUACACGCGGUAGAAAAAUUACGUCAAUCCAUUGAGAUAUGGUAUGCUACAAGUGAAUAUUUGAGACAAGAAAUGAAUCCUAAUUUUCGGAUGACUGAUCCUUCUAAUCCAGUAUAUCUAAUGUCCUUUUCGGGAGCUAGGGGAAAUGCAUCUCAGAUACACCAAUUAGUAGGUAUGAGAGGAUUAAUGUCGGAUCCCCAAGGACAAAUGAUUGAUUUACCCAUUCAAAGCAAUUUACGUGAAGGACUUUCUUUGACAGAAUAUAUAAUUUCCUGUUAUGGAGCCCGCAAAGGAGUUGUAGAUACUGCUGUACGAACAUCAGAUGCUGGAUACCUCACACGUAGACUUGUUGAAGUAGUUCAACAUAUUAUUGUACGUAGAACAGAUUGUGGCACUAUCCGAGGUAUUUCCGUGAGUCCUCGAAAUGGGAUGACGGAAAAAAUUUUUGUCCAAACACUAAUUGGUCGUGUAUUAGCGGACGAUAUAUAUAUCGGUCUACGAUGCCUUGCCACUCGAAAUCAAGAUAUUGGGAUUGGACUUGUCAAUCGAUUCAUAACCUUUCGAGCACAACCAAUAUAUAUUCGAACCCCCUUUACUUGCAGGAGUACAUCUUGGAUCUGCCAAUUAUGUUAUGGUCGGAGUCCUACUCAUGGCGACCUGGUCGAAUUGGGAGAAGCUGUAGGUAUUAUUGCGGGUCAAUCAAUUGGGGAACCAGGAACUCAACUAACAUUAAGAACUUUUCAUACCGGUGGAGUAUUCACAGGCGGUACUGCCGAGCAUGUACGAGCUCCUUCUAAUGGAAAAAUAAAAUUCAAUGAGGAUUUGGUUCAUCCCACACGUACCCGUCAUGGGCAUCCUGCUUUUCUAUGUUCUAUAGACUUGUAUGUAACUAUUGAGAGUCGGGAUAUUCUACAUAAUGUAAAUAUUCCACCAAAAAGUUUUAUUUUAGUUCAAAAUAAUCAAUAUGUAGAAUCAGAACAAGUGAUUGCUGAGAUUCGUGCUGGAACGUCCACUUUUCAUUUUAAAGAGAAGGUACGAAAACAUAUUUAUUCUGAAUCAGAGGGAGAAAUGCACUGGAGUACCGAUGUCCACCAUGCACCUGAAUAUACAUAUGGUAAUGUUCAUCUAUUAUCAAAAACGAGUCAUUUAUGGAUAUUAGCGGGAGGUCCGUGCAGAUCCAGUAUAGUGUCUUUUUCGCUCCACAAGGAUCAAGAUCAAAUGAAUGUUUAUUCUUUUUCUGUCGAAGAAAGAUAUAUCUCUGACCUAUCAAUGACUAAUGGUCGAAUAAGACAUAAAUUGUUGGAUACUUCUGGUAAAAAAGAUAAGAAAAUUAUUGACUAUUCAAUAAGACCUGAUCAAACGAUGUCUAAUGGUCAUUUGAAUUUCAUAUAUCCUUCUAUUAUCCAAGGGAAUUCUUAUUUCUUGGCGAAAAAGCGAAGAAAUAGAUUCAUCAUCCCAUUACAAUACAAUCAAGAACGAGAGAAAGAACUAAUACCCUGUUUUGGUAUUUCGAUCGAAAUACCAAAACAGGGUAUUUUACGUAGAAAUAGUAUUCUUGCUUAUUUUGAUGAUCCACGAUACAGAAGAAGCAAUUCAGGAAUUACUAAAUAUGGAACCGUAGAGGUCAAUUCAAUCAUAAAAAAAGAGGAUUUGAUUGAGUAUCGAGGACCAAAAGAAUUUAGUCCGAAAUACCAAACGAAAGUAGAUCGGUUUUUUUUCAUUCUCGAAGAAGUGCAUAUCUUACCCGGAUCUUCGUUGAUAAUGGUCCGGAACAAUAGUAUCAUUGGAGUAGAUACACAACUCGCUUUAAAUACAAGAAGUCGAGUAGGCGGAUUAGUCCGAGUGGAGAGAAAAAAAAAAAAUAUUGAACUAAAAAUAUUUUCCGGAGAUAUUUAUUUUCCUGGAGAGGCAGAUAAGAUAUCCAGGCACAGCGGCAUUUUGAUACCACCGGAAACAGAAAAAAAAAUUUCUAAGGAAUCAAAAAAAUGGAAAAAUUGGAUCUAUGUCCAACGGAUCACACCUACCAAGAAAAAGUAUUUUGUUUUGGUUCGACCCGUAGUCACAUAUGAAAUAGCUGAUGGCAUAAAUUUAGCAACACUUUUUCCUCAAGAUCUCCUGCGGGAAAAGGAUAAUGUCCCAACUUAGAGUUGUCAAUUAUAUCCUUCAUGGAUAUGGCAAGUCAAUUCGAGGAAUUUCUCACACAAGUAUUCAAUUAGUUCGGACUUGCUUAGUAUUGAAUUGGGAUCAAGAGCAAAAAGGUUCUCCGGAAGAGGUUCACGCUUCCUUUGUUGAGGUAAGAACAAAUGAUCUGAUUCGAGAUUUCAUAAGAAUUGAGUUAGUCAAGUCCACUAUUUCGUAUACCGGAAAAAGAUAUGAUAGGGCAAGUUCCGGAUUGAUUUCCGAUAAUGGAUUAGAUCGCACAAAUAUCAAUCCUUUUUUUUACAAGGCCAGGAUUCAAUCACUUACCCAACAUCAAGGUACUAUUGGUACAUUGUUAAAUCGAAUAAAAGGAAUGCCAAUCUUUGAUAAUUUUGUCAUCAUCCAAUUGUUUUCGAAUUGGCCCAUUCAAUGGUUCAAAAUAUAACAAUAUGACAAAAGAAUCGGAUCCCAUAAUCCCAAUUAAGGAUUUGCUGGGUCCCUUAGGCACUAUUGUACCUAAAAUAGCAAAUUUCUAUUCAUCUUACCAUUUAAUAACUUAUAAUCAGAUCUUGUUAAAGAAAUAUUUGCUACUUGACAAUUUUCAACAGACUUUCCAAGUACUUCAAGUACUUAAAUACUGUUUAAUAGAUGAAAAUAGGAGGAUUUAUAACCCCGAUCCAUGCAGUAACAUCAUUUUGAAUCCAUUCCAUUUGAAUUGGCACUUUCUCCAUCACGAUUAUUGGGAAGAGACAUCUAAAAAAAUUCGUCUUGGACAAUUUUUUUGUGAAAAUGUAUGUCUAUUCAAAUACGAACCACACGUAGAAAAAUCUGGUCAGAUCAUAAUUGUUCAUGUUGACUCCUUAGUUAUAAGAUCGGCUAAGCCCUAUUUGGCCACUCCAGGAGCUACUGUUCAUGGCCAUUAUGGAGAAAUCUUUUACGAAGGAGAUACAUUAGUUACAUUUAUAUAUGAAAAAUCGAGAUCUGGUGACAUAACGCAAGGUCUUCCAAAAGUGGAACAAAUCUUAGAAGUACGUUCUAUUGAUUCAAUAUCGAUGAACCUCGAAAGGAGAGUUGAAGGUUGGAACGAAGGUAUACCAAAAAUUCUUGGAAUCCCCUGGGGAUUCUUGAUUCAAGCGGAGCUAACCAUAGUUCAAAGUCGUAUCUCUUUGGUUAAUAAAAUCCAAAAGGUUUAUCGAUCCCAGGGGGUACAGAUCCAUAAUAGACAUAUAGAGAUUAUUGUACGUCAAGUAACAUCAAAAGUGUUGGUUUCAGAAGAUGGAAUGUCUAAUGUUUUUUCACCUGGGGAAUUAAUCGGAUUGUUGCGAGCGGAACGAGCGGGGCGCGCUUUGGACGAAGCGAUCUCUUAUCGGGCAAUCCUAUUGGGAAUAACGAGGGCAUCUUUGAAUACUCAAAGUUUCAUAUCCGAAGCAAGUUUUCAAGAAACCGCUCGAGUUUUAGCAAAAGCUGCUCUACGAGGUCGUAUUGAUUGGUUGAAAGGCCUGAAAGAGAACGUUGUUCUGGGUGGGAUUAUACCCGUUGGUACCGGAUUCAAAAAAUUAGUGCACCGUUCAAGGCAAGACAAGAACAUUUAUUUGGAAAUCAAAAGAAAGAAUCUAUUCGAUUUGGAAAUGAGAGAUAUUUUGUUACACCAUAGAGAAUUAUUUUGUUCUUACGUCCCAUUUCCAUGAGACAUCAGAACAAUCGUUUACGCGAUUUCAUGAUUCCUAAGAGCAGAUUCUUUUACUUUAACUAUCUUUUCACUUUUAACUAUCUGUCUUUUAACUUAACUAUCUGGUCCGAGUAUUGAUUUGGUAAAAAAAAAAUAAGUAAUUAAAAGACAUUAAUGGUUUGUACCGUGUAUCAACGGUUAAUUCCCGGUAGAAGGUUCCAUCGGAACAAUUAUUUAUUUCAAAGUACCUCGUCUCUUUGUUAAAAAAAUAAAAAAGAAAAAACAAAAAGGAAGUGUGGGGAAAAAUGACAAGAAGAUAUUGGAACAUCAAUUUGGAAGAGAUGAUGGAGGCCGGAGUUCAUUUUGGUCAUGGUACUAAGAAAUGGAAUCCUAGAAUGGCCCCUUACAUCUCUGCAAAGCGUAAAGGUAUUCAUAUUACAAAUCUCACUAGAACGGCUCGUUUUUUAUCAGAAGCCUGUGAUUUAGUUUUUGAUGCAGCAAGUAGGGGAAAAAACUUCUUAAUUGUUGGUACCAAAAAUAAAGCAGCGGAUUCAGUAGCAUCAGCUGCAAUAAGGGCCCGGUGUCAUUAUGUUAAUAAAAAAUGGCUCGGUGGUAUGUUAACGAAUUGGUCUACUACGGAAACGAGACUUCAAAAGUUCAGGGAUUUAAGAGCAGAACAAAAGAUGGGGAAACUCAACCGUCUUCCCAAAAGAGAUGCCGCAAUGUUGAAGAGAAAAUUAUCUGCCUUGCAAACAUAUCUCGGCGGUAUCAAAUAUAUGACGGGAUUGCCUGAUAUUGUGAUCAUCGUUGAUCAGCAAGAAGAAUAUAUGGCUCUUCGAGAAUGUGUAAUUUUAGGGAUUCCGACGAUUUGUUUAAUCGAUACAAAUUGUGACCCCGAUCUCGCAGAUAUUUCGAUCCCAGCCAAUGAUGACGCUAUAGCUUCAAUCCGAUUGGUUCUUAACAAAUUAGUAUCCGCAAUUUGUGAGGGCCGUUGUAGCUAUAUAAGAAAUCGUUGAUUAUGAUUAAGAAUAAUUAGUUAAUUAUUUGGGGAUUUUAUAGAUUUAUUGGAUCGGUUACUAUUCUUGAAUUAAAAAAAAGAAAAAACAAAAUGGAAAUGUGGGCAUAUUGAUAAUAUGUUAUGAUGUUAUGUGAUUUCUUGGUAUCCUAUGUAAUUUCUUGAUAUCCUAAAUAUACGAUUGAUGAAUACAAUUAGUGAUUCAAGUUGGUGAGUUGAGAAAGAGAUGGUUGAAUCAAAAUAAUUUAUUUUUUGAAGUUCAAUUUUUGUUAGAGGACCAUAUGAAUGUUAUACCAUGUUCCAUUAAAACACUCAAGGGGUUAUACGAUAUAUCGGGUGUAGAAGUAGGCCAACAUUUCUAUUGGCAAAUAGGAGGUUUACAAGUCCAUGCCCAAGUACUUAUCACUUCUUGGGUAGUAAUUGCUAUCUUAUUAGGUUCGGUGAUCCUAGCUGUUCGGAAUCCACAAACCAUUCCGACCGGCGGUCAGAAUUUCUUCGAAUAUGUCCUUGAAUUUAUUCGAGACUUGAGCAAAACCCAGAUUGGAGAAGAAUAUGGUCCUUGGGUUCCCUUUAUUGGAACUAUGUUCCUAUUUAUUUUUGUUUCUAACUGGUCAGGUGCUCUUUUACCUUGGAAAAUUAUACAGUUACCUCAUGGGGAGUUAGCUGCGCCCACGAAUGAUAUAAAUACUACUGUUGCUUUAGCUUUACUCACGUCAGUCGCAUAUUUUUAUGCGGGUCUUAGCAAAAAAGGAUUGGGUUAUUUUGGGAAAUACAUUCAACCAACUCCAAUACUUUUACCAAUUAACAUCCUAGAAGAUUUCACAAAACCCUUAUCUCUUAGUUUUCGACUUUUCGGGAAUAUAUUGGCUGAUGAAUUAGUAGUUGUCGUUCUUGUUUCUUUAGUCCCUUCAGUAGUUCCUAUACCUGUCAUGUUUCUUGGAUUAUUUACAAGUGGUAUUCAAGCUCUUAUUUUUGCAACGUUAGCUGCGGCUUAUAUAGGUGAAUCCAUGGAGGGUCAUCAUUGACUAGCUUUCAAAAUAGUCUUUUUAUUAUUAUUUUUUAUUAUUAUUAUUAAGUAAGUUUAUCCCAAUUCAUGCGUGGUUCAAGAUAAUCCAAUUGGUUGGGGAACAUAAUAACGUAUUACUAUAUGACUUAGAGUUUUAGGAGAAAAGAUGGACGGUAUUACAGAAUUGUAAAAAAAAAAAGAAGGGUUGGGGAGGUUAUACUAGAUGUAUGUAAUGUCUAUAAGCUCGGACCCCGUCUAUGUUUCUAGGAAUGAUUCUAGAAUCCGAUUUAAUCUAAAAAAAAUGCGGGUGGUUUACGUUAUGGAAGAAACAAAUAUAUAUGUCAUAUUAGAAUGACAUUAGAUAUUCAUUAGUUAUAUAAGGCUAUCCCUAUCAUCCUAUAUAACAUCACUAUAUUACAUAAUUACAUGCUAUUACUUAAUUACAUGCUAUUACUUAAUUACAUACUAUUACUAUUUUUAUAAUCAUAACUUCUACUCUGUAAUCAUAAUAUAAUCCUAUACAUAAUAUAAAAUAUAAUCCUAUACAUAAUAUAAUCCUAUAAUGAUAAUAUAAUAUAAUAAUAAUAUUAAUAUAAUAAUAAUAUAAUAAAUAUAAUAAUAAAUAAUAAUAAAUAAAUAAAUAAAUAUAAGUAAAUAAAUAUAAGUAAUAAAAUAAGUAUUAGUUAACAUUAAUAAUUAGUUUAAUAGUUAAUAUUAAUAUAAGUAUUAAUAUUCAUAUGUAAAAUAUCUAAGUAUCAAUUAAGUAUUAGUUAAUAUAAUCAUUUAUAAUUAUAUUAUCGAUAAUUAUUAGUAUUAAUUAUUACUAUAUAUUGAUAUUGGUACUACUACAUACUUUUAUAUUACUACAUAUUGAUAUAUUGAUAUUGAUUUGUAUUGGUAUUAAUUUGAUUGAUAUUGAUUGCAGCUCACACUGCAUUUAGUCACACUCCAUUUAGACGGAUUUCAAUAUCAGUCCUUCUAUUUUGUCUGUGAUUGUGGAUUGAAUGAACAAAGAGAUGAACUCAAGAAUGGUGUAGUAAAGAACGAAGAAUUAAAUGAAAGAGUGGUUCGAAACAAAGAAAUACAAUAGUUAGAACUGUAUGCAUAUGGAUUUACAAAAACUCCAUUAUGGGUAAAAACGAGAUAGUUGUGACGAUUCAGUUCAGUAAUUUAGUAAUAUUAUCAUUUCAAUUCGGAGUUUUUAGUUACUUCGGACCGCUGGAUCUUAAUGAUAAAAUGAGUAAUAAUUCAUUGGUUGAUUGUAUCAUUAACCAUUUCUUUUUUUUUGUGCGAGGAACUUACCAUGAAUCCACUGAUUUCUGCCGCUUCCGUUAUUGCUGCUGGAUUGGCCGUGGGGCUUGCUUCUAUUGGACCUGGAGUUGGUCAAGGUACUGCUGCAGGCCAAGCUGUAGAAGGUAUUGCGAGACAACCAGAAGCAGAGGGUAAAAUACGAGGUACUUUAUUGCUUAGUCUAGCUUUUAUGGAAGCUUUAACAAUUUACGGACUGGUCGUGGCGUUAGCGCUUUUAUUUGCGAAUCCUUUUGUUUAAUCCUAGAAAUAAAUAGAAAAAAGUACCUUACAUACUUUUUUCUUAUUUUAUUAACUUUAACUUGGAAUUGCCCUUUGCUUCUUCGAAUUAUAUUUACACUUUACUUAUAAAUUACUUAUUUGUUGAGACAAUACGCCAGGAAGGGCUGAUUUGAGGAUGAGGAAUUACCAGAUUCGCUUGCUUUCUUCCUUUCUGUCCUUAGCUUAGUACAAUAGAAAACUUUUUUACUUUCAUUGUUCGAAGCGUUUCAACAAACGAAAUAGUUAUCAAUUGAUAUGAGAUCUAAGACCUAAGUAAAGUAUCUUAUUGGAAACUUCUUGAAAACUUAAAAAAUAAUAAAUUUCAAACAAAUGAUUUAAUCUAUUGCCAUUAAAUAAAGUGGAAAUGAAAUUAAUAAAAAGAAAUCGAUCAAAAAAAGGCGAGUGAAGUGAUACAAAAAGAACUCUGUUCUUUGUUAGUCCUAUCCAUAAGAGAGGGGAGCAUAUGAAAAAUGUAAUCGAUUCUUUCGUUUCCUUGGGUCACUGGCCAUCCGCCGGGAGUUUCGGGUUUAAUACCGAUAUUUUAGCAACAAAUCCAAUAAAUCUAAGUGUAGUGCUUGGUGUAUUGAUUUAUUUUGGAAAGGGAGUGUGUGCGAGUUGUGUAUUUCAAGAAUAGGUUGGAUCCAUCCAGCUGCACUUUAUUUAUGGUAUUUAUAGGAGAAAUAGGAAAAAGGUGCACGAUCUCGACGAAUUACUUCUGAAUAAAUUAAGAAAUCAUAUGUAAGAACCAUAGCAUUUCGUGACUUAUUGGUAAAUCCACUUUGAUUCUCUAUCAACCAAUAAUGUGAGACCAUUAACAUGGUUAAAGCUAAAUUGUUUAAAGUCCAGGUAAAACAUGGUACUCUUUCUACCACUUCUACCACUACGUUAGUAACGAAAUGGUUAAAAAAAAAAUAGUUGGUAAUUUAUUUGAUUUGAUAUAGAACACUCAUAUCGAUAAAAGAAUUUGAACCAUUUACUAGAAAAAUGAGCACUUUGCUUUUUUUAUCUAAUGCCGAAAUGACGACCUAUGUAUAAAAAAAGAGGAAUUUUUGGACUUGAAGAAACAAAUAAAAAAUAUAAUAAUUAUUAUUUUCAUUUUUUUAAAAUGAAAAAUGAAAUAGAAUUCUAAAAAUGAAAAUGAUAAAUAAAAUACAAAACAAAUAUAAAUAAAAUACAAAUAAAGAAACAACUUUGCUGACAAUUCUAGAUUUUUGUCUGGUCUAGUCGGAAGAGUCCUCCUGAUAUUCUGGUCUUGUAUCAGUUUUGACAUCUUUGAAUACAAACAGAAAAGAGAGGGUAGGCUCAUUACAUUAAAAAAGAUAUGGGAAUACCCACACCAUAAAUAAAACAUUAAAAAAGAUAUGGGAAUACCCACACCAUAAAUAAAAUAAAUAAUUGAGCGUGAGAGCCAAAUGAAUCGAAAGAUUCAUGUUUGGUUCGGGAAGAGAUCAUGGAAGUUUUGAAAUUAAUGAUAAGAUAAUCUACUUUCAUUAAAUGAUUUAUUAGAUAAUCGAAAACAGAGGAUUUUGAAUACUAUUCGAAAUUCGGAAGAAUUACGUAAAGGGGCCAUUGAGCAGCUCGAAAGAGCCCGGGCUCGCUUACGUAAAGUGGAAA